GGUUAUGGGACAGAGGAUCGCAGGCUGUGGAUGUUGUGUCCGAUCUCGGUUGAAAACGCCGAAUCGCAGUCUUCUGUCUCCUGUUGUGCGAUAACCUCCUUGCUGUCGCUAUGUCUGAGGCUGUACAAAGUUGUGUGGACGCGUAAUGACAGGAUAAAAAAAAAAAGACAGCACCGAUGCGCAGUCAACGCACGUAGGACAGCCGGGAACGCAUGAUCUGAGCCUUUCGUCGUGCAGCUUCUCGGAGUAGCCGUCGUUAUCUGCGCCUCACGUUGUCAUCUGGAUGAAAGGUGGGCUGCAGCACUAUGGCUUCGGCUGCACCAGAGGCGAGGAAGUUUACUCGGGGUCUCAACAAGCCUGGGACCGCCGCCGAGUUGAGGCAAAGCGUCUCCGAGGUUGUCAGGACGUCAGUGUUGAUGGUUAAGCCGAAGAUCAUAGAGCCUCUGGACUACGAGAAUGUGCUGCUGCAGAGAAAGACCCAGAUCAUCAGUGAUGUUCUGCGGGAUAUGCUGCAGUUCCCCCCUGAUGACUUCCAGCUCUCCACCCUGAGGCGCCAGGGCAGGACUCUCUUUUCCACAGUGCCAGAGAAUGCCGAGAAAGAGGCUCACUCGCUGUUUGUCCAAGAGUGUAUCAAAACCUAUAAGUCGGACUGGCAUGUGGUUAAUUACAAGUAUGAAGAAUAUUCCGGAGACUUCCGCCAGCUCCCAAAUAAGGUGUCAAGACCUGAGAAGCUUGCAGCCCAUCUCUUUGAGGUCGACGAAGAUGUGGAAAAAGAUGAGGACACAGCGUCUCUGGGCUCUCAGAAGGGAGGGGUGUCCAAACAUGGCUGGCUGUACAAAGGCAACAUGAACAGUGCAAUCAGUGUUACAAUGCGGUCCUUCAAAAGGAGGUACUUCCAUCUGGCUCAGCUGGGAGAUGGAUCCUACAACCUCAACUUCUACAAAGAUGAAAAGACAUCCAAGGAACCCAAAGGCACCAUCUUCCUUGACUCCUGCAUGGGAGUCGUUCAGAACAGUAAAGUGCGCCGGUUUGCCUUUGAGCUGAAGAUGCAGGAUAAAAGCACAUACCUGCUGGCUGCAGACAGCGAAACAGAGAUGGAGGAAUGGAUCAGCACGCUCAACAAGAUCCUCCACAGCAGCUUUGAACAGGCCAUGCAGGAGAAGAGAAACGGAGAUCUGCACGACGAUGAGGAGCUCGGAAAAACAGACCUCUCCUCCGGAAGUUUCCAGGACAGUUUUCAGACUGGAAGAGAUAUGGAGUCCAAAAUGCGGAGUGAGGCUCGCCUCAAACUGUUCACUUUGGAUCCUGACACACAGAAACUGGAUUUCUCUGGGAUUGAACCGGAUGUGCGGCAGUUUGAAGAGAAGUUUGGGAAGAGAGUGCUGGUCAGCUGUCACGACCUCUCCUUCAACCUGCAGAGCUGCGUGGCUGAAAAUGAGGAGGGGCCAACGACAAACGUGGAGCCCUUUUACGUGGUCUUGUCCCUCUUCGACGUCCAGAACAGUAGAAAGAUCUCAGCGGACUUCCACGUGGAUCUCAACCACCCUUUGGUCCGGCAAAUGACCUUCGCCUCGGGAUCUGGCGGUGGGGCGGACCCGCACAUCAACGGGAGUGGCGAUGACGGUCCCCUGGGUGGCCACAGGCUGGCCAGUGGUCUCCCAGAGGGGGCUCUACAGUACCCCAAACAGGGGGUGUUCUCAGUUACCUGCCCCCACCCCGAGAUCUUCCUGGUGGCCCGGAUCGAGAAGGUCCUGCAGGGGGGGAUCACCCACUGCACCGAGCCAUACAUGAAGAGCUCAGACUCGGCCAAGAUGGCCCAGAAAGUGUUGAAGAACGCGAAGACAGCCUGCAGCCGCCUGGGACAGUACAAGAUGCCCUUCGCCUGGGCUGCACGGCCUGUGUUCAAAGAUGCAUCGGGAACUCUGGACAAAAGCGCUCGCUUCUCGGCUCUUUACAGACAGGACAGUAGCAAGCUGUCAGACGAGGACAUGUUCAAGCUGCUCACUGACUUCAGAAAGCCAGAAAAAAUGGCCAAACUUCCCGUGAUCUUGGGGAACUUAGAUGUAACUAUCGACAGUGUUGCCCCAGAUGUCACCAAUUGCGUUACCUCCUCCUACAUUCCUGUGAGGAAUUUUGAGGGCAACGGGCCAGGCAGUGCUCUUCUCGAGGUGGAGGAGUUUGUCCCCUGCAUCGCCAAGUGUUCCCAACCCUUCACCAUCUACAACAACCACCUCUACGUCUACCCAAAACACCUCAAAUACGACGGGCAGAAGUCCUUCGCUAAGGCAAGGAAUAUUGCUGUUUGCAUUGAAUUCAAGGAUUCUGAUGAGGAUGACGCCCAACCAUUGAAGUGCAUCUAUGGUCGUCCAGGAAGUCCUCUUUUUGUCAAACAGGCGUAUGCAGCCGUCUUGCACCACCAGCAGAACCCUGAAUUUUAUAAUGAGAUAAAGAUAGAGUUGCCUACUCAGCUGCAUGAGAAGCACCACCUUCUCUUCACCUUCUACCAUGUGAGCUGUGACAGCAACAGCAAGAAGAAGGACCUGGUGGAGACUCCAGUUGGUUCAGCAUGGCUGCCUCUGCUCAGGGACGGCAGGGUCAUCAUGAAUGAGCAGCACAUGCCGGUGGCUGCCAAUCUGCCCGCCGGGUACCUCGGCUCCCAGGAUGGCGUCACCAAGCACUCCGGCCCAGAGAUCAAGUGGGUGGAUGGAGGCAAACCGCUGUUCAAAGUCUCUACUCACCUCGUUUCCACAGUUUACACUCAGGAUCAGCACCUGCACAACUUCUUCCACCACUGGCAGAGCAUGGAGACGUCAGAGCAGGCCUCGGAGGGAGAGCUGGUCAAAUACCUGAAGAGUCUCCAUGCCAUGGAAGGUCAUGUGAUGGUCAACUUCCUGCCCACCAUCCUCAACCAGCUGUUCCGCGUCCUGACCCGAGCCACACAUGAGGACGUGGCCGUCAAUGUGACCAGGGUAAUGGUGCAUGUUGUAGCGCAGUGCCAUGAAGAGGGGCUCGAACACUACCUGAGAUCUUAUGUCAAGUUUGUGUUUAGGCCAGAGCCAUACACCUCCAUCAAUGCUAAAACAGUUCACGAGGAACUUGCUAAAGCCAUGACAGCCAUCCUGAAGCCAUCCACCGACUUCCUUACCAGCAACAAGCUGCUGAAGUACUCAUGGUACUUCUUUGAAGCCCUGAUGAAGUCAAUGGCACAGCACUUGAUAGAGAGCGGGAAAGUCAAGCUCUCCAGGAACCAGCGUUUUUCGGCGUCUUUCUACCACGCUGUGGAGACCUUGGUUAAUAUGCUGAUGCCACACAUCACCCAGAAAUACAAGGACAACCUGGAUGCAGCUCGCAAUGCCAACCACAGCUUGGCAGUUUUCAUCAAGCGCUGCUUCACCUUCAUGGACAGAGGCUUCGUCUUCAAACAGAUCAACAACUACAUGAACUGCUUUGUACCCGGAGACCCCAAGACUCUGUAUGAGUUUAAGUUUGAGUUCCUGCGGGUCGUAUGCAACCACGAGCACUACGUCCCCCUCAAUCUGCCCAUGCCCUUUGGAAAAGGCAGAAUCCAGAGAUUUCAAGAUCUUCAGCUUGACUAUUCUCUGACCGAUGACUUCUGCCGAAACCACUUCCUGGUGGGGCUGCUGCUGAGGGAGGUGGGCGGGGCUCUCCAGGAGUUCAGGGAGAUCCGGCAGAUCGCCAUCCAGGUGCUCAAGAGCCUGAUGAUCAAACACACGUUUGAUGACCGCUAUGCUGCAAAGAGCCAGCAGGCCAGACUCGCCACCCUCUACCUCCCCCUGUUCGGCCUGCUCCAGGAGAACGUCUACAGGCUCAACAUUAAGGAGUCCGCCCCCCUCAGCAGUCACAAUAAUGCCAGGGAGGACUCUCUGGUGUCGACCUCCAUGGUGACUCCUCAGAAGCCUGGGAGUUGCUUAGAAAAUGCUCUGCACAAAGAUGUGUUUGGCGUCAUCUCCGGAACAGCCUCACCUCACACCUCCACUCCCAAUGUGGCCUCAGUUCACCAUGCGGACUCCAGAGGCUCCCUGGUCUCCACUGACUCUGGAAACAGCCUGCUGGACAAGAGCAGUGACAAGACCAACUCCCUGGAGAAGAACCAGUGUGCGUCCGCUCUGGGCAGCACUGUCCUCCGCUGUGACAAACUGGACCGCGAUGAGAUCAAGAACCUCCUCAUGUGUUUUUUGCAUAUCCUCAAAAGCAUGUCGGAGGAGGCCCUGUUCACAUACUGGAACAAAGCAACUCCCACAGAUCUAAUGGACUUUUUCACAUUAAUAGAAGUUUGCCUUCAUCAGUUCAGAUACAUGGGGAAGAGAUUCAUCGCCAGGAGCCAGGAGGGGAUGGGGCCUGUGACUCAAGACAGGAAGUCCCUGACUCUGCCUGUGUCUCGUAACAGGGCAGGGAUUCUGCACGCCCGCCUACAGCAGCUGGGUACUCUGGAGAACGCUCACACCUUCAACAACAUGUACUCCCACACGGACGCAGACGUGAGCAGCCAGUGUUUGCUGGAGGCCAACGUGGCCACAGAGGUCUGUCUGACUGUGCUGGACACACUCAGCAUCUUCAUCAUGGGAUUCAAGACCCAGCUGAGUUUGGACCUGGGCCACAACCCCCUGAUGAAGAAGGUCUUCCAGGUGCACCUGUGCUUCCUGCAGAUCCCCCAGUCAGAGGCUGCCCUCAAACAGGUCUUCACCUCACUCAGGACCUUCAUCUACAAGUUCCCCUGUACGUUCUUUGACGGCCGUGCAGACAUGUGUGCCUCUCUGUGCUACGAGAUCCUGAAGUGCUGUAACUCCAAGCUGAGCUCCAUCCGCAACGAUGCAGCCCACCUCCUCUACUUCCUCAUGAAGAGCAACUUCGACUACACCGGCCGCAAGUCCUUUGUACGAACCCACCUCCAGGUAGUAAUUGCUGUCAGUCAGCUGAUCGCUGAUGUCAUCGGCAUCGGAGGAACCCGGUUUCAGCAAUCCCUCUCCAUCAUCAACAACUGUGCUAACAGUGACAAGAACAUCAAGCACACAGCUUUUCCCUCGGAUGUGAAGGACCUGAUGAAGCGCAUCAGGACGGUGCUGAUGGCCACCGAGCAGAUGAAGGAGCACGAGAACGACCCAGAGAUGCUGGUGGACCUCCAGUACAGCCUGGCCAAGUCCUACACCAGCACCCCCGAGCUCCGCAAGACCUGGCUGGACAGCAUGGCGCGCAUCCACAACAAGAACGGAGACCUGUCCGAGGCAGCCAUGUGCUACGUGCACGUUGCUGCUCUGGUGGCUGAGUACCUGUGGAGAAAAGGGAUGUUCAGGCAGGGCUGCUCGGCUUUCCGUGUCAUCACGCCAAACAUCGAUGAAGAGGCGGCCAUGAUGGAGGAUGUAGGAAUGCAGGAUGUUCACUUCAAUGAAGAGGUGCUGAUGGAGCUGCUGGAGGAGUGCGCUGAUGGUCUGUGGAAGGCGGAGCGUUAUGAGCUCAUUGCUGAUGUAUACAGGCUCAUCAUUCCCAUCUAUGAACAGCGCAGGGACUUUGAGAAACUGACCCACCUGUACGACACGCUGCACCGUGCCUACACCAAAGUGAUGGAGGUGAUGCAUACCGGCAAGAGGCUGCUGGGAACGUACUUCAGAGUGGCCUUCUUCGGCCAGGCGGCGGGCUUCUUUGAAGAUGAGGAUGGAAAGGAGUACAUCUACAAGGAGCCAAAGUUCACCCCGCUGUCGGAGAUUUCCCAGAGGCUUCUGAAGCUCUACUCCGACAAGUUUGGUCAGGAGAACGUCAAGAUGAUUCAGGACUCUGGCAGGGUGAACCCAAAAGACCUGGACGCAAAGUACGCCUACAUCCAGGUGACCCACGUCACGCCCUACCUGGAGGACAAGGAGCUGGAGGACAGGAAGACCGACUUCGAGAAGAGCCACAACAUCCGCCGCUUCGUGUUCGAGACCCCCUUCACGGUGUCGGGCAAGAAGCAGGGAGGGGUGGAGGAGCAGUGUAAACGACGAACGGUUCUCACCACCACCCACUGCUUCCCUUAUGUGAAGAAGCGCAUAGCGGUGAUGUACCAGCACCAGACCGACCUGAGCCCCAUAGAGGUGGCCAUAGACGAGAUGAGUGCCAAGGUGGCGGAGCUGCGGCUGCUGUGCUCGGCCUCGGAGGUCGACAUGAUCCGCCUGCAGCUCAAACUGCAAGGAAGCAUCAGUGUUCAGGUAAACGCUGGCCCACUAGCCUAUGCCAGAGCCUUCCUUGAUGACACCAGUGCCAAGAAAUACCCCGACAACAAGGUCAAACAGCUCAAAGAGGUUUUCAGACAGUUUGUGGAUGCCUGUGGCCAGGCGCUGGGGGUGAACGAGCGGCUGAUCAAGGAGGACCAGCAGGAGUAUCACGACGAGAUGAAGGCCAACUACAGGGAUCUGGCCCGAGAGCUGUCCAACAUCAUGCACGAACAAAUUAACCCAGUGGAGGACGGCACAAGGAGCGGUCUGUCGGACUCGAUGGGAAUCUUUAAUGCCAUCAGUGGCACGCCAACCAGUGCCAACCCGCACGCCUCCACCACCAUACUCUGAUCCAGACCUUUCAUGUCCCGCCGACCACCAAUGACUGCUCCAACUACCUGCCAGUCAAGUGGUUUGCGUCAGUUUGGACACAUUUGAUUUACUUUAACAUAAACUGAAGCCACCAACCACUGACAUUUUAUUUCUCCUGCUAUUUCCAUGCAUCUCAUGCUCAUUAAAGCAGUCAGAAAAUGUGACAUUCACCCCCUGUGUCAGUAGGCCAAUUUGUUUCCUAUGGAGACCCCAGUGAAUAUUAUUGACUUUGAAACUUACUUACUUAAAUAAUAUAGCAAUGAUACAACAGGCUUAUUAUCAGACUUGAGCCAAGUAAUAUUUGCAUAUAAUGUUUGUUUUAUCCUAUGUAGGUGUCUCAGGGUUUACAGACCAGGAUCAUUCAGUGAGUGCCAGAAAAAUAAGACGAUCACAGGAAAAUAUAUGAAAAUUAUCAGAGUACUUUGGCUGACAGCCGACCUGACCUUAUCUGGAUUGUCCUGAUACGUUAAACCCCACCCAUCUGGUGUUCCCUGUAGGUUAAAACAAACAUUAGAAUUAUCUGCGACUCCUAUUUGACCCAAGUCUGCUCGUCACAGGGAUCUUGCUCCUUCCUUUUACCUUUUUUAUUGUAUUGUUCCCAUUCAUGUACAGUGUUUGUAAGAGUGUUUCAGGAAGGCUCAAAGUUUAUAUUGGAAAUAAAUACCACUAUAGCAACCAUAGAUACAUUCUUUUGCUGAGGCAUAGUAUUUUUACAUCUCAUUUUUCUAUUCCUAUCAAUUGAGGCUCUGUUACAGCAGAUGCAUUUUUUUAUGUGCAUUAUAAGCAUCCGAUUUUCGUUCCCAUUCCCUUGAACAUGAACAUUUUAAAGAAAUACUCACUCUAUUUUAGACAAAUGGACUUGAGGCGAUCUGUUUAGGAGCUGAUUAAGGCCAAGUGAACCGCAACGUUUUAACCUAUUUUCUGCAAAGAGAAGUGUGUGCAAUAUUUUCUAUUGUUACCAAGGCUACCUACUGCACAGGAAACCACUCUUGCCAAAGACAUUAAAGGAAGACUGUGCAAUGCAAGACAAGGGUGUGACAAUGCAUAUUUUCUAGCCCUUUGUUUAUUUGUCUGUCCAGUAGAUGCCUUUUUAUUAUCUCUGAGGUAAAAUACAAAAAAAGCAUUUUUAUCUAAUAACUGCUCUUGUAAAUAUGUUCAAAACUUUUAAAUAAAUAAAGUCUGUGAAAAUG